GGAAGAGAGACUCACAAACAUACAUUCAAAAUUCAAAGGAGUAAAAAUCAAAAUUUUUAGUAAUAUGAGUAAGGUACGGAUACAAGCACCAACCAGUUCCAACAACAGUGCAACGUCGUCUGAAAAUAGUGAAACGCAAAGCGUAGAAGAACAUCCAACGGUUGUGACAGAGACUAAUCGAAGUGCUGCAUUAAUCAGGGCGAAAACUAGUUGGAGACGCAUGAAAGAUCUGGCGGCAGAGAAAGAAAAGGAGAAUGAGGCCAAGCGACCUCCUUGGCGUGCUGUUAGUGUUUCGACACUUGCUAAACCGGACAAGAACGCUUUGCUCCGUGCCAAGCUUUUGGAUGCAUCUAGACGUCUGAGAGCUGGCAAAGCAAGUGUGGCGCUUCAGACAGAUUUUGUGCCCACCAAAUUGCUAAAAGAAGCUAGCAUUGGGCCGCAGUACGAUUUAAUUUUGUACAAAGAUGUUGGAAUUUUAACAGAUGGCCAAUAUUCGAUCAAAAAGGAUGUGCAUCAGCAAUAUAUUCUAACAUAUUCUAUAUCGCAAAUGACCGAUUCUAUUGGCACUUCCGAUGUCGCCACACAAACUCUUUUGCCCAAGGUGUAUAAGGAUAAUGUUACCAAUUCAUACUCCGUCGAUCUUAAUAAUUACGACAACGAUGAAAUAUACCAUGUAGAAAGGAGAGUCCAGGAUCAACUUAAGAAGAUUCGCUACUUGGAUUUGUAUGGAGAGGACCAGGACAAUGCAGUAGUUGAAUCAACAGCAGAGCAGCAAGGGAUCAAGUUGAAUCCUACUUCGGCAUCGUGGCAUUUUGAAGAUGACGUUAUUGAAAUGGAUGACGCGCAGCAUUUCAUACCCUAUACCAUUGAGCCCUUUAAGCCAUGGAUCAGCUUCAUUCCCUUUCCGUUUCGUCUAAGUGGUAAUACAUUAAUAGGCAGACAGAAAAUUGAUUGGUACGCUUUGCUGCAGUCAAUUGAUGAUUUGAUUCGAGAGUCAAAUAAUUUGGUGGACAAAUUGGAAGGUAUGAUACAAGAUAGGAUUGCAAGGCGACAAAAUGUCCUUCGAACUACAAACGAUAUAAAAAAAUUUGAACCAAGUUCCUUUGUUUUUCCCUCUGAGCAUUGGCUACCAAUAAUUGAGAAACAGGAAAUGGAAUUGCAAUCAUUGAUUGACUCUAAAUAAUUCAAGUAACAAUAUUAGGCUUUUAUUUUUUGUAAAAUAUCAUAUCAAAUAUAAUAAACGGAUUUGAUCAGUCACAAAGUAUAAACU